AGUUCUAUCAGUGUUGUACCGGAAGUUGCAGAGGUGACAUUAUCACAACAGGACAAAUAUGAGAAUGGCAUGGGCACCUUGGUAGCAGUGUAAUGACUGAAAUAUAUCUUAAAUCAAAAUAAGACCUGUGUAUGUUGUAUUUUAGACAUGGCUUCUUGGUCGUGUAGGCUUUUUAGGCUUAAGGAUCCAUUACUUCGUGGAACGCAUGUGCUUAUCAGCGGAACUGCCGCUCCAACUGCAAUAUGCACUGAAAGUAUCGGAGUCCCUGCUGUUCAGUUCGUGCGGACGAUUAAAAGUACGACGUGGUUCGACGAGCAUCUCACGGAGGACAAUGCUAGCUUCAUGCGACAGGUCGUGUCGGAAGAUUUCAAACGGAUGACGGCGGACAAACUUUAUCCCCUGAAAGACGAGCCUUGGCCCCGCCACGAAUGGCAGGAAGGUAGCCGAAGGGUCGGAUUGGUCGCUGUCAAGUUGGGAAUGAUGCCAAUCUGGACAAAGUCAGGUGACCGGCAUGUUGUGACCCUACUUCAGGUGAAGGAUUGCCAUGUGAUUAAAUACCUGCCCAAAGAGGAGUAUGAUGGAACAUGCCCCGCCCUGCUAGUGGGAGGGCAGAACUGCUCGCCAUUUCAGAGGUCAGAAGAAUCCUUAGAGUUGUUCCGGAAUGCUGGAGUUCCUCCCAAACGGAAAGUCUCAACAUUCCGAGUCACAGAGAAUGCCAUCAUCAAACCAGGCACUCCUCUCUAUGCAGCCCACUUUCGGCCUGGGCAGUAUGUAGACGUCACAGCUAAAACGAUUGGAAAGGGCUUCCAGGGUGUGAUGAAACGCUGGGGGUUCAAAGGUCAGCCUGCUACCCAUGGCCAGACCAAAACACACCGGAGACCCGGAUCUCUGGGCCCAGGAGGGGAUCCAGCUAAAGUCCAUAAAGGGAAGAAGAUGCCAGGGCAGAUGGGGAAUGAUUUUGAUACAGCAUUUGGCUUAAAGGUGUGGAGAGUAAACAACAGAUAUAACAUUUUGUAUGUCAAUGGUUCCGUCCCUGGGCACAAGAACUGCUUAGUGAAGGUGCGGGACACCAGAUUACCAAAGUGGGCGGGCCAGACUGGGAACCUUCCGUUCCCCACGUUCUUCAGAGAUGGAGAGGAGGAGCUAGCAGAGGACCUUUACGCCGACAACAUGUUUCAGCAUGGAGAGGAAGAAGCCACAACAGCCUGAAAACACACACACACACACACACACACACACACACACACACACACACACUCAGAGCCAGAGGAACUGUACUCCGGCAACAUAUCUCAGAAAGGAGAGAAGGACACCACAACCAUCCAAAGAAAGAUAUACACACACACACACACACACAGUUGGUUGUAAAGGUGCAGAGAUGUUACUGCAGUCAAUAAAAUAUGAUUUGAUAAUGAUA